AUGACGACCCCUUCAACACCUAUACCUGAUAUAGUCACCACAUUAACCUCACCAGACUCGACAAAAGGUGUAUGGAAUGACUCCACGUUGAUACCCGGUGGAGGACCUCUCAAUACUCUAAGCGAAAAGGAGAGAAGCAGCAAUGAUGUAGGGAGAGAGACUAUAAGGGACGAUGCACCUGGACCAUCAAGUAUACAUGAGCUAUCCAUUCAUGCCUUAGCCCAAAGAGGCGAUACACCCUCAAUAUCCUCUCUACUGCGCGAGAACCCUUCGCUCGAUCUGUCACAGAGGGAUGAACAGGAUAUCACGCCUCUACAUUGGGCAGCGAUCAAUGCUCAUAUGGGUACAUGUAGAUUCCUGUUGGAUAAUGGUGCGGAAGUAGACGCUGUAGGAGGUGAAUUGAAAGCUACUCCCUUGCAAUGGGCUGCAAGGAAUGGUCACUUAUAUGUAGUACAUCUCUUGCUGGUACAUGGAGCUGAUCCCAAUAUAAUGGAUUCACAAGGGUUUAAUACCCUCCAUCUGAUUACGCAUUCAAGUGCUGUAAUGCCGUUGCUCUACAUGCUACAUCAACCAGUCGCAAUCGACGAGAAGGAUAGUGAUGGGCAUACUGCGUUGAUGUGGGCAGCGUAUCAAGGCGACGCCAUUUCCGUUCAGCUCCUACUUCGUCACGGCGCAUCAGUCCAUCUACAGGAUAAUGCAGGCAUGACCCCCCUUCAUUGGGCAGCAGUCAAAGGAAAUAAAGCGUCCAUCAAACACUUGUUGGAAGCUGGUGCGAAUCUUGAAAUAAGGGAGGAAAGUGGGAAGACACCCAGGGAUAUGGCUGAGGAGUUGAAAGGCUUGAUACCGUUUGAGAAAGGCUUGGAGGAAGCUGGAUAUAAUUCGCUGGGGAUGAAGAGGUAUGGCAAAUUGAGUGAUCGAAACACUACAUUAGCAAUAUUCGUUCUACCCACCAUAUUCCUCGGUCUGAUUUUUAAGACAUUCGACUAUUUCCCGGCGUACGUGAGCUUUCCACUAGCUAUAGCGGAAUUCAUGGCUAUGCAGUUGACUGUCACACAUUACCUCCUUCGUCAUAUCGUCAGCGAAUACAAAGUAUCUUCCUCGAAUCAUUUUACAUCCAUCAUCAUAGCAAGUAUAAUUUGGGUUUUCUACUCUUGGGCGAGUCGUCUAGUGUUUGGUACACCAGGUCAUGCGUUUACCAAUUUGGUCUUCUGGCUUAUUCUCGCUGGAUGUUCAAUUAACCUCUUCAAGGCUAUCAGGAAUGAUCCUGGAUUUGUGCCCUUGCCUGUCAACGAUUCAGAGGUUAAGGAGGCAUUGGAAGACUUGGUGGAUCAAGGGAGACUGAAUGGGACAAAUUUCUGUAUCGAGUGUAUGGCUAGGAAACCCCUUAGAUCAAAACACUGUAAGACAUGUGGAAGAUGUGUAGCGAAGUUUGAUCAUCAUUGCCCAUGGGUAUGGAACUGUGUCGGAUACAAAAAUCAUCGGUCUUUCCUCUUAUUCGUACUGUUUCUGAUAGCUGGGAUAGUGACUUUUGACGGACUUACGAUAGAUUAUAUACUAGAGAAAUCACCUGAAUACAUCCCUCCCAUAGAACCCUCGCCAGGUAUAACCAUAUGCGACCUAUCUGAAACGCUAUGUCGAGCAUCAUCGUACGACUCGUUCUUACUCUCCGUGGCAUUAUGGUCAACCCUUCAACUAACGUGGACGAUCGUAUUGGCCGUAUCCCAUCUGUGGCAAGUGGGUAGACAGAUGACGACGUUCGAAGUAUCCAAUCUGGGUAGAUAUGGUUAUAUGGGUGGUAGGGGCGGUUCAUCCCUCAGAGCUCAAAGUGGAGCACUAUCGAAACCCUCUCAGGCAUUUUCAGUGGGAGCUGCGCCUUUCCCUGGAGGAGCCUCAGAAGAAGCUCAAGGUCUUCCGUCUGCUGGUCCAGAUGGUACUUCAUCCUUUCCUCCUCCACCUCCUCCAUCAUCGGAUGAUAUACCGGGACAUGUCCAUGGUCCAGGAUGUAAGCAUGGGGAAGCUGGACAUGGACAUUCGCACGGUAUUGGAGCGAUAUGUAAAGGUUUAGGUAAAGUUAUCAGUGGACCUUUGAUGAAUAUAUUGGGUCUGGAUAGAUUCACCAAAGGAAAGGCAUUAGGAGGUAUGAAGAAAGCGGGAAGGGAUCAGAAUCCAUUUGAUAUGGGAUUCGUUCAGAACUGCACGGACUUCUGGAUUCCAUCUAGAGAUAUAGACUAUACCCAACUGUACGAGAUUCCCUCAGAAGGCUGGAGAGCUUACAGAAGGAAAAUUGCGAUGCAGAAGAAAUUGGGUGGUGGAAGUGGGAAAGGUGGUUAUGCUGCUGUCAAUAAUGUUGAGGAGGAAGUGUAA